CCUUCAUUUUUAGCUACUACAUUCAACGAUCUAACUGUGAAAUCAAAUUACAAGAUUUACUCAAAGACCUUAGAAGAUUAAUUUCUCGUUUUGAGAAGCAAUAAGGUUCAAGAUGGCUACAGUCAAACAAUGUGCGUAUAGAAUCUUGCCUCAUAACAUUAUUUCAUUCCAGUUACUAAACUCAUCUGGCAGCACCCACCAUUCAUAUUUUUGGCCAGAGCCGAAAGGAAGGCAUCACAUUUCCAGUCCUAGAGGGCUCUCACCAGAAAACCAAUGGAGCAAAAAUCGUGUAUGGUGGAGUUGAUCUAAUGCAGCGAGAUCUAAUGCAGCGAUUACUCUCCAAGCCGAACGAGGCCUCCAAGGAGAACGAAGCCUGCAAGGAGAACGAAGCCUCCAAGCCGAACGUCAAAAAAACAUACUUUAACGUGUCCGUUCAUCAUCCCAGUUCUACGGACACAAACCAUUCCCCGAGCAUCCUCGGACUCGAUUCAAUCGCUACAUUAAGGGAGUCAACCAAGGAGUCAACCAAAGAGCCUAAUACCACAGAUCUCGGGCUCACGAAAUAUACUGUACAGAAGAAACUAGAUCUGAAGAUCGAAAAGGCGAAAAAUGGCAUCAAGUAUGAAAUUAUCAACGAGACGGAAAACAGCCCCAAAAAAAUAGUUGUAUUUAGUGAUCAUGGAUUGAAAGGGCUUGCUGAUACAGCUCUCAAUAUGCUCGAGAAUUCCGAAGUACAGCUACUGAUCUAUCAGAUGCCUCGACCACUUGAGAAGGAAACCCUCAAGAAUAUCUUAAAAACGAAAAAGGAUGCUUGGCUGAAGAAGCUGGUUGUUGUUGUUGACGCUGAUGAUCUUCGCGCGGAGGGUAUUCAAAUUUCUCGUUAUUUUUCUUGGGAGAAGACAAUGAAAGACUUCCAUGAACAUUUUGUUAAAGACUUCGGGUUACAAAGCUCUGUGCAUCUGCUUGUGCGCUGCGGUUACGAAGGUGUUUUCUAUUGGCGAGGAAACGAAGUGAACCUCUAUUUGACACCGAGCAUGGCUGAAGGUGAUCUUAUUCGGUCCUGCGAUGGACCGAUACUAGGUCUUGAAACUGCGUUUAUCGCUGCCCUGACACAAUCUCUAGCCACCAGCUCUUUAUCGCCAUCCGAAGUGCUAUCAGACAACUCUGAGAAUUCAAUAAAAAGUGCUGUAAAACACGCCAUCAGCUGGUCUCACUACUUUGCAGCAAUCGGGUUCCGCAAAGAUGAUAAAGAAAAUAUCGACUAUCCAAGCGCCAAUGACAUCUCCCAGAGCAAGGGGAUACGUUUCACGACCAUUUCUGUGGAUUUCAAAACCAACGAAUCCCCCCCUAAGUCCAUUUUCGCAAUCGAUGAAAAUCGUGAAGUUGCUCGACAAGUUGCACCUGAAGCUGCUCGUGAAGCUGCUCGUGAACUUGCUCGUAAAAUUGUGAAAAAAGGACUAGAAAAAAUCGUUGUUCCUAUUGCUCGAUUUGGUGCUCUUGUUACUGCGGAUAGAGUUGAAAUCGAGUGCUUUCGAGCUACUGGUAGAGUGAUUGAUGAAUACUUGCACAGUACUCGAAUAAAGCCUUUAUCGAUUGGUGUCUUUGGUCCACCUGGCUCUGGAAAGUCCUUUGGGGUACGACAGGUAGUCCAGAGUGUCGCGAAGGAUUUUAGACAGCCGAUCAAGGAACUGGAAGUUAAUCUUUCUCAGUUCUUAGAGUAUUCAGAUUUACUGGCGAUCUUUCACACGAUUCGGGAUAUAACAUUGCGAGGUGAAAUUCCAAUUGUGCUCUUCGAUGAGUUUGAUGCUUCGUUCAAAAACAAUCCGUUGGGAUGGUUGAAAUACUUCUUAGCACCUAUGCAAGAUGGCAAUUUUCUGGAUAAUGGCCAAGUUAGACCUUUGGGCCGUGGAAUCUUCAUUUUCAUUGGUGGUACCUCCAGUACUUUCAAGGAAUUUACGACUGAUAUUGAAGCCCAGGCACAGGCACAGGCCAGAGCAGCGAAAAAACCCGACUUUGUGAGCAGAUUGAGUGGAUAUAUUGAUAUUCGCGGUCCAAAUAUGGACGGUAAGGACGAUAAAAUGUAUUACGUACGGCGAGCUAUAGUUCUCCAUACAAUGCUUGAAAAGAUUUUGGGAAAGAAGGACGAUAUCAAUAUAGAUGAGGGAGUAUUGAACGCGUUUUUGGAAGUUCCUGAAUUUCAUCAUGGGGUCCGCUCGAUCGAGACAAUCCUGAAUAUCAGUAGUUUGAAUGGCUAUGAUAAAUUCAUGGCUGCUUCAUUACCGUCGGACGAUCAGCUCAGCAUGCAUGUAGAUGUUAAAAUAUUUAAAGAACUUUUGAAAUCGGCGGGGGUUUCGCAAGGUUGAUGUUAAGAAAGAUAGCUAGACAUGUGACUAUGGGGAUUUUAGGCUCAGAGAUCACUAGUUAUUCUUGUCAAAAUCAAUUGUUUAUUUUCC